AUGGUUUUGAAGUUCAUUAAGAAAAUGCUUUUCCCAUCCAUGACUGUGGUUGGCAUUCUGGGGAACAUGUCUGUUUCUGUAAAUUAUAUGUUCAGUUGGUGGGGAAGCCCUGAGAAAAAGCUCAUACACCUUAUUCUCAUCCACUUGACUUUUACAAAUAUCAUACUUCUUCUUGCAAAGAGAUUACCAAAGACGAAAGCAGCUUUUGGUUUGAGAAACUUCCUAGGUGACAUAGGCUGUAAGAUCAUUAUUUACCUGGAGAGGGUGGCCCGGGGCCUCUCCAUCUGCACCAGCAGUCUCCUCACUGUGGUCCAGGCCAUCAUCAUCAGUCCCAGAAGAUCUGGUUGGCAGAGACUCAGGCCAAAGUCUGCAUGGCACCUCCUUCCAUUCUUCUCAUUCUUUUGGGUAUUCAAUGCUUUAAUAAGUGUGAACCUAAUCCAUUCCACCACAAGUACAAGACUGAAUGUAUCACAGCUUAGGGGUGAUGAGGGCUAUUGUUAUUUUAUACUACCAAGUCAGAAAAUAAAAUGGAUUUUUUUUCCUCUCAUGGUGCUAAGGGAUGUAGUAUUUCAGGGUGCCAUGGGAGGGGCCAGUGGCUACAUGGUAUUUCUUCUCCACAAACACCACCAGCAUGUCCUCUACCUUCAGAACUCCAAGCUUCUCUACAGAACUGCCCCUGAGCUGAGAGCUGCUCAGAGUGUCCUCCUUCUGAUGCUCUGUUUUGUUUUCUUCUACUGGACAGACAGUGCCUUUUCUCUAAUUAUAAAUAUGUCUUUAAUGGAAAAUUCCUUGAUAAUAAACAUUCAAGAAUUUCUGACCCUUGGUUAUGCAACUUUUAGCCCUCUUGUGCUGAUUCACAGGGAUGGACUUCUGACUGGAUUUUGGCAUGUGCAGUGA